CCUGCCGUCCUGUCUCCCGGUUCCAUCCUGGCUUCCACGCAGGGCAGCGGGGGGCAGCAGAUCCUGCACGUCAUCCACACCAUCCCUUCCGUCAACCUGCCCAGCAAGAUGGGCAACCUGCAGACCAUCCCCGUGGUGGUGCAGUCCCUCCCCGUCGUCUACACCACCAUGCCCACCGACGGGGUCACCGCCAUCACCGUGCCCCUCAUCGGGGGGGACGGCAAGAGCGCGGGCUCCGGACCUUUCCCACUUUAUCUGGGGCCGACGGUGCGGGGGCAGCGAGCUGACUCUGCUGACCUGAAGAAGCGACGGAUCCACCAGUGCAACUUUGAGGGCUGCAAUAAGGUCUACACCAAAAGCUCCCACCUCAAAGCUCACCGGAGGAUACACACAGGUGAGAAGCCCUACAAGUGCACCUGGGCCGGCUGCACCUGGAAGUUCGCCCGCUCGGACGAGCUGACCCGGCACUUCCGCAAGCACACGGGGAUCAAGCCCUUCUGCUGCUCCGCCUGCGACCGCCGCUUCUCCCGCUCCGACCACCUGGCCCUGCACCGCCCGCGGCACAUCAUGAUGUGA